CACCUUAUAAGAGGCAGAGCAGAUACGCAGAGUCCACAGAAGACAGAAAACUCACUUCUAAACUGAGAAAAAGAUCUUGCAUCAACUGAAAAUGAGAGUGCUCGGCGUUGUCCUCGUUUUGGUGCUGUGUGUGUGCAGAGGAGCUGCAGGAGUGCAGGUUAAAGUUGGCGACAGGAGCUUCCCCUUGGAGGCAGUGAAGCAGUUGAUGUUGCUGAUGGACUUGGACGACAGCGUUAACCCUCACCUCGCCGAGACGAGCGUGGCGGCUGUUUGCGCUGACCCUCUGCUGCCGCAGAUCUUUCUGCCCGUGUGUCAAGAGAAGGGAGCGGGCAUCACUUUCUCCAAACUAGUGGAUAUCAUGACGUCUACGGAUCCUUGUGAAAUAUGUGCCAACCCCGCCUGCUUUGGGUGUCGGGACUGAGACUGCCAUCUGCCAGACACACAAACACAUUUUGAGGGGGGGGCUCAUCCUCUGUAGUUCUUUCACAUCUCUAUGUAUAAGGCAUCCAUGGACACCAGCAACAUGCCAACUGUCACCCAGCAACCAGGCCCAACAGGUCUCAAGGCUCAGUCGUUCAAUAUUUUUAGAAGUUUUGGUCGACACUGUUAAUUAGUACCAUAAUGUAAACAAACAAAAAAAAAAUGUUUGAAUAUUACUUUGCUUUCAUGUUGAAGUUUUAAUUUAUUGAGUGUGUUGCAGCUUCUUGAUAAUAAAAAAAGGUUUUCUUUGCGUC